CGCCAGAGCAAGAUGGCCGACACGGCUGCCGCAGGCGGGGCCGGUGGCUCAGGAACGCGAUCAGGAAGUAAACAGUCCACUAACCCUGCCGAUAACUACUACCUGGCCCGGAGAAGAACCCUGCAAGUGGUUGUGAGCUCCUUGCUGACAGAGGCAGGGUUUGAGAGCGCCGAGAAAGCAUCCGUGGAAACAUUGACAGAGAUGCUUCAGAGUUACAUUUCAGAAAUUGGGAGGAGUGCCAAAUCUUACUGUGAGCACACAGCCAGGACCCAGCCCACACUGUCAGAUAUCGUGGUCACACUUGUUGAGAUGGGUUUCAAUGUGGACACUCUCCCUGCUUAUGCCAAGCGGUCCCAGAGGAUGGUCAUCACUGCUCCUCCAGUGACCAAUCAGCCAGUGACCCCCAAGGCCCUCACUGCAGGGCAGAACCGACCCCACCCGCCACACAUCCCCAGCCAUUUUCCUGAGUUCCCCGAUCCCCACACCUACAUCAAAACCCCGACAUACCGUGAGCCUGUGUCAGACUAUCAGGUCCUGCGGGAGAAGGCUGCAUCCCAGAGGCGCGACGUGGAGCGGGCACUCACCCGUUUUAUGGCCAAGACAGGCGAAACCCAGAGUCUGUUCAAAGAUGAUGUCAGCACAUUUCCAUUGAUUGCGGCCAGACCUUUCACCAUCCCCUACCUGACAGCUCUUCUUCCAUCUGAGCUGGAGAUGCAACAAAUGGAAGAGACGGAUUCCUCGGAGCAGGACGAGCAGACAGACACAGAGAACCUCGCUCUUCAUAUCAGCACGGCUCAUACUGAAACAUGUCUUUGAAUCCUCUGAAUGGCAGCUGACCAUGCCCAGGUGUAAGUUGGGGGCAGCUGGCCCAGGGUAAAGAUUUGCCAUGGACACUCCCACUCCUGGAAGCAAGUUCAAGGUAUUUUUCCUCCUCCUGGAGCUUGCAGCUUAUCCUCACCUCAUUUUACUACUACCUUUUCUUUUCCUCCUUUGUUAAAAAGUUAUUUUAAUUUUGAAUUAGUAAUAUAUGUAUACGGUAUUAAACUUUAAGACAGAAGAAGAUGUAAUAACUAAGCACCUUCCUCUUUCCCUGUCUCCCAGCUCUCAGUCCUCAUCCUGGGAGGCUACUAGUAUGUUA